AUGGGCCAGCCACCACUGGUGAGCAGCUGUAUGAGGAGGGUCAGAGCUACCCCUGCCUCCGGUCCUCCCAACUUCACGGGGCCCCCUGCCUCCGGUCCUCCCAACUUCACGGGGCCCCCGGCCUCCGGUCCUCCCUACUUCACGGGGCCCCCGGCCUCCGGUCCUCCCUACUUCACGGGGCCCCAUGCCUCCGGUCCUCCCUACUUCACGGGGCCCCAUGCCUCCGGUCCUCCCUACUUCACGGGGCCUCCGGCCUCCGGUCCUCCCAACUUCACGGGGCCCCCGGCCUCCGGUCCUCCCAACUUCACGGGGCCCCCGGCCUCCGGUCCUCCCAACUUCACGGGGCCCCCGGCCUCCGGUCCUCCCUACUCCAUGGGGCCCCCGGCCUCCAGUCCUCCCUACUCCGUACAAUCCAUCACCAGCUCCAAUGGCUUGGACGUGGUUACCCCUGCUCCUUCAGAACAAAAGGCCAACUCAUUACACCCUUAA